UUCUUUACUUAAAACGCAUCCUUAACAACACUGCAGAAAACAGAAGUGCCGUUUACAUUUUACUUACGUAGAAACGACACUUUGUUGUCGCGUGUAUCAAAUUCUUAUCCAUUUUCCCUAUUGCUUCCACACUCAAAUCCAUCUUCAACUUCUCUUUCAAUUCAAUUCAAUUUCAUCAUCUUCUAUAAUCAAUCAACGAAACCCUAAAAUCCCAAAACAAACAAAAAAUGCUUCUUCAAACUAGAAACUUCACUGCACCAUGUUUCACACCCAAAAUAACGACUCCUACUACUAAAAUCUCUACUCACCCUUCAAAUUCAAUCUCAUUUCGCUCAACAAAGUGUUCAGUUUCAACCCAAUUGGAACUCAAAACCGAUAACAACAUUACCAAACCAUUUCCAGCUGAAGUAUCCAGAACCAUUAUGGAUUUAGCUAGGGCUGGCACGCUUUCUACUUUGACUCAACAGGGUUGGCCAAUUGGUAUUGGGGUUCGAUUCGCUGUUGAUUCUGAAAACGGAAACCCUUUUUUCUAUUUCAAUCAUAAUUCUGUUCCCACUGCCAAUCACAACAUUCACGCCCCUUCUUCACUUCAUGUUAAGUUUUUACAGUCAGGAUUGCGUACACCUCAGUGUACACUUCAAGGAACACUUACCAAACCGCAGGAUCCAGUUUUGAUCAAACGGCUUGUUUCUUUGUGGAAGAAGAGGUUCGGAGAAGAAGUUGAUCAAGAUUUUAUGUAUAUUAUUGAUGUAGAUAGGGUGCUGCAUUUGGAUGACUUCCAGGAGGAUGGUGUGUGGUUCACCUCUUUAGACUAUAAAAAUGCUCAACCCGACCCCCUUCGAGAAUUUGCUGAGAAUUUAGUAGCUGAAAUUAACACCAAUAAUAUGGAAGACAUUACUCGCUUUUGUAAUGUCUAUGUUGACUUGGAUUUCCAGGUCUCAGAAGCAAAGAUGAUAUGGGUAGAUCGUUUGGGAUUGGAUAUGCGUUUGUUUUCUCCUAACAACGGUUUAUUUGAGGUCCGCAUCCCUUUCCCUAGAGAAGUCACUGAUGAAAAAGGGGCCAAGUCAACAUUUAAUUGUAUGUCACAAUUGGCUUGGGAGGUAGAAAGAAACUUCCAUCCUCUGGAUUUUGAGAAGGUUACGCAAUUGAAACACAUAAAGUCAUGAUGCUCGAGUUAUAAUUUUUUUGCACAACCACUUACCUGUUUCGUCAAAUAUGCAAGGUGAAGCUUUGUAAUUUUUCAAGAAUAUGACCAUUUUCUAUGGUGUUUGUAUUACGUGAUUAUUCAUUUGAGGCUUGAUGUUGAGAUCAAUUUGAAGACUUAGCUUGACUAAGUUUUGUACGUUUA